AUGAACACGGACGUGGAAUUCCACAUCAGGCAGAAUUAUCCUUGGAAUAAACUGCCGGUUAAUGUCAAACAGAGUUUGGGCAACUCUCAGCGCGAAUAUGAGAAACAUGUCCUCCUCUACAGCAUCCGCAACCAGCUACGAUUCCGCAAUAACUUAGUGCGUCACGUUCGUAAGGACGAGCGCAAGUACUACGAGGAGCUGCUGAAGUACAGCCGCGAGCACCUGAUGUUGUACCCGUACCAUCUGUCUGACAUCAUGGUCAAGGGGUUACGCGUCACGCCAUUUUCCUACUACAUCGGAAUCAUGGAGGAUAUCAUGAACAGCGAGAAAAGUUACGACUCCUUGCCCAACUUCACCGCUGCUGACUGUCUGCGGCUGCUUGGAAUCGGGAGAAACCAGUACAUUGAUCUGAUGAACCAGUGCCGCUCCUCGAAAAAAUUCUUCCGCCGAAAAUCUGCGCGUGAUCUUCUACCGUCCAAACCGGUGGAGAUCUCGGUGGAACCGUGGUGGGUGGCCCAAACGGGUUACAUCACCGAGGACGACAUCCGGAUUUGUUCUUCAGCAGAGAAGAAAGCCAUUGAUAAGAUGAUUGAUUCCGGGCCUCAGCUGGCUGGGUCAAUGGAGUACAACGUGGUGCUAAGUUUGUACAACCGGGGCUUCAUUUAUUUGGACGUUCCCAUAUCGGAUGACAGCUGCAUCUCAGUGCCCCCGCUGGAGGGUUUUGUAAUGAACCGCGUCCAGGGUGACUAUUUCGAGACCUUGCUGUACAAAAUUUUCGUGUCCAUUGACGAACAAACUAACGUCGCCGAAUUGGCUAACGUGUUGGAGAUAGACUUGGAUUUAGUGAAGAAUGCCGUGUCCAUGUACUGCCGACUGGGUUUCGCGGUGAAGAAAGGUCAGGUGAUCAGUUCUGAUCAACUUCACCCGACAUGGAAGAACGCGCCAUCCCUCAACAGGCUCAAGAGCACCAUGGACCCUCAGAAGAUGCUGCUGUCCUGGGAGCAGGGCAGCCCCGUCAUGGAGGGAGGAUCUUCAGCCACCGACACGGACACCACCAGUCUGGAAGACCAAGCCGAGACGGGCAGCGUCAGCAGCCUGAGCAUCCCGGCGGCUCCCACCAAGAGGAUUGCCUUCCUGUUUGACUCGACGUUGACGGCCUUUCUCAUGAUGGGAAACCUGUCGCCAAACCUCAAGAGUCACGCCGUCACCAUGUUCGAGGUUGGGAAGCUAUCCGACGAGACGCUGGACAGUUUUCUGGCUGAGCUAGAGAAGGUGGAAAGUACAGCAGAGGGCGAGGCUCAACGCUACUUUGACCACGCGCUAACGUUGAAGAACACCAUCCUCUUUCUGCGCUACAACAAGGAACUCACUCAGGAUCAGGGACCUGAUAUCCCAAAUAUAGGUUUCCCCCUGGAUAUGCUGCGCUGCGAGAGCCUCCUGGGCCUGGACCAGGCCACCUGCAGCCGCGUGCUCAACAAGAACUACAAGCUUCUGGUCUCCAUGGCGCCGCUCAGCAAUGAGAUCAGACCCAUUAGUAGCUGCACACCUCAGCACAUCGGGCCCGCCAUCCCCGAGGUAAGCUCCAUCUGGUUCAAGCUCUACUUGUACCACGUGACCGGUCAGGGCCCACCCUCGCUGCUGCUCUCCAAAGGCUCCAGGCUGCGCAAGCUGCCCGAAAUCUUCCAGGUCUACGACAGGUUGCUGAUCACUUCGUGGGGCCACGAUCCGGGCGUGGUGUCCACAUCCAACGUGCUAGCCAUGCUAAACGACGCGCUCACGCACUCUGCCGUUCUCAUCCAGGGCCACGGAAUGCACGGUCACGGCGAAACGGUUCACAUCCCGUUCCCUUUUGAUGAGGAGGACCUGAAGGGAGAGUUCUCCUACUCUAACAUGUGCGUGCACAAGGCGCUACGCAAGCUACGCGAGCACAUGGAUUUGGAGCAUCAAUGUGGCUACAUCACAAUGCUCAACGCCAACAACAGGCACAGACGCCGGCCUAGCGACACCCUAGAGUGCAGGGGUGACACCCAUCUGGGAGCGGGCCCGGACACCAACGGCAGUACAGAGUCCUUCGAAUUGGUGUCUGAGGAGAACGGCGGCGAUGGUAAAGUGAAGGCAGAUGCGCUGUCGUGCGAAGACGAGUGGGUUCCGCUGGAGCUGUGCUUCGGCAUGCCGCUCUUCAGCUCCGAGCUCAACCGCAAAGUGUGCCGCAAGAUUGCUGCGCACAAACUAUGCGGUAGCGACAGCUUACAAGAACUGCUCCACUCCAGCAGAAAGCUUUCCCUCAAGGUCCUGAGUUUCGUCCAGUCAUUCCAGGACGGCGGCACACCUUGCGAGCCCGACAGCGGAGUGACCAAUCCUCUCAGUCAACCGCCAGCAGAAUCGGGCGUCCCUCUUCCGGCCCUCAACCUCCUUUACAAAGACGGGCAGCUGCGGGAGUGGAGCGGGCGGGCCCCUCCCCCUCUGGACAUCACAGCCUUGCAGUCUAAUCAGUCCACGUAG